UGUGUGUUUUAGGAACUCUUUAUGUGCACAAAGCAUAAAAAAUUUGCAAGAAUUAGCACAAGAAUUUCUGGCAAUAAAACCAACGUCAUGUUCAAUGUUCCCUCAGUUUCCAAUUGCAAGUGGUUGUGAGUGAAUCAUUUAGUGGUGAAGUGAUGAUCCUCUUUUGGACUGUUGGAUUUUUCCUUCUCAGUAUUUCCCAUGGGGAGGAAAAUGUGCACCAAGUUAAUACCAAAAAGGCAUUGAGUGUUGUGGAUUAUGAUUUUAUUGGAUAUUCAAUUGAAUUGCCGUGCUUGAGAUAUGAGAAAUGUUUGGAGGGGCUUAGAAGUAUUUCAUCUGAGACAAGAGAGAAAAUCUACGUGAAAAUUCAUGGGCUGGACAUGCCUCCCAACUAUGAAUCCCUUCCAGCAGUUCAUGAUCUUGUAAAGUCAUCAAAAAUUGUGCCUAUUAUUGUGUUGAAUUACAAAGCAAAUGAAUGGGAGCCUCGUCAGCACCUGAAACUUCUACAAAAAAUAAACAAUCUCAAUGUGAAGAAUUGCAUUUUCCAACUUGGGACAGAUCUCUAUGAGGAAGAUAUGUUCACCUACACGGAUGAUCUUUCGACAUUCCGCUUCAUGAUUGAUGCAUUUAAGAAGUUUAACAACUCCUGGGAACUAAUUGGAGGUGAUCUCAUGGAGACUCUUCCUCUUCCGGAUGUUAAAAUUUAUACCAAAUUAGCCAGGAACUACGUGGCUUCAUUCAACUGGAAGCAACGCCUUAAUUCUUCUGCAGCAUCUUUAUCACCAUCAAUGAUGUACCUUGUGGACGAAUCCUUUCUACCAGUAAGUGCAACUUAUCGUCGCCAUUCACUGAGAUCCAAUGAUCUUCGUAAAUGUGAUAAGCAGUGCGUCUCCGAGGGAUUAAGAUGGGCAGAAGAGCUGGGAGAGAUGGCAAAUAGAGGAUUUUCCAAUGUAUUUCGGACCGUCGGUAGGACGGAUUUUCUCUACAAAAACUUUGCUGAUCACAUUGAUGAGAUUUAUCAUAAACUAAUGGGCCCCAUUGUCCUUAAUGUUAAACCAAUGGGAGAGGAAUCAUCGGGGAAAAUUCACGCUCAGUGCUCCAAGGAAUACCCCAAAGGUGUGGUUUUGAUGGCAGUUAAUACUGCGGAAAAGUCUCUAAAAGUCAAAGCAAAAUUCCCUGAAUUGAAGCUCGGAAAAAUGAUUAAGGAAGUCGUUUUGCGUCCUGAAAAUGAUCGAAUUUAUCUCAAUAAUCACCUACUGAAUGGUACCUCUGCCCACACUGCAUCGGUGGAUCUGGAAAAGCUAACUCCGGAUGAAAUGCUCUGCUUGACCGUGCCCCCGAGGUCAGUUGCUUUCUGGGAAAUUCCCGGUGCUAAUGCAACAAUUUGCACUGAAAUUGAGGAUCUUAAGUUGAAGCCAAAAAGCAGGCAACCUGUUGAUUCAUCAAUGUCAAAGCUCCUUCAGGAACUCAUCCAGGAGAUGGCCAUGCCUGCGCAGAAAGCCGGAGAGACACUCAAGCGAGCACGGCGGGGACUUCGACCUCUCUUCCCGCAGAAACGACAUGUUCCGAAUAAAUUGAAACAAAUUAUUGGGCUUUUCAACAAGAAAAUCCGUGAGAUCCCGACAAUCCCACCAGUUGCUCAGACUCCACAAAUUGUUCCAGUUUCCGGAUACAACACCAAAGGAUAUUCUGCGUACCAGAAUCCCAUGAUGUUUGCAGCUUCUCCGGGAGGUAGGAAUGUACAGGAGAAUCCCAUUCAAUUGACUCCGGAAAUGUUUGCUCAAUAUUUUGAAGAACAAAGUGCACUUCCGGUUAAUUUUGCAAAACCACAGAAGAAGAUGCAGCCGAAAAAGUACCAAACAAUGCAGAAGCAGCAAAAGCCACAAUUCUCUGCCCAGAGUAGUUACUCAGUUCAAACUCCUCAUGCACAGGGAGGUAUUCCUGUUCAAUCCUACGCUGUGCAGGAAAAUUAUCCUGCUCAAUCUUACGCCGUGCAGGAGAGCUAUCCUGCUCCUCAGUCCUUUGCAGCACAGGGAGGCCUUCCGUUGCAGUCAAUGUUUACCGGUCAACCGACUAUUUCCGUCUUGCCCGCUACCAAAGAAGAUCUUGCUGAUCAAGGAUCUCCAUUCACGGGACAAAUACUUCCAGGGCAGACGUAUCGUUUGUCAGAAACGGAAGCGGCUACCUUCCUCUCGGGUGGGAAUCAACAGCAGCAGCCCCUUGAAUAUGCAGCACCUCAGGUUCAAUCUUACGCGAAUGCUCAGCCAAUUUAUUUAAAUUCCUACGCGGAUGGUCAAAUGGAAGCUAGUCAGGCAACAUAUCAGGAUCUUUCGGCUCUAACGCAAGCUUCUCAAGGUUUUGUCUUCCCAACGGCAGCUUCUCCGCAAGGACAUCAAAUGGCUUAUGCCGUGGAGUCCUAUCCUUCUGAACAGCCACAGCCUGAAGCAUCAUCUAUUGCUGCACAGAAAAUUGUGACAAAUAUUUUAUCCCGAAAUGUACCGGAGAGUCAACCGGAAGUUCACGUAAAGCUGAAUAGAAAUGACCAAACCCAACAAAUGGAGGAGCCAAAGGAAGAAAAUGUAAAAAUGGAACAACCUGAACAAUCGGGGCAUAAACCAAUCCCAAUAUUGGAUUUACUACCAAAGGACUUUCCCAAGGAUCAGUAUGUCAAUGAGCUGUCAAUUCUAGCCCAACUUGGCUAUGAAUUAACAUCAAUUGAUGACAAAGAUCAGCCACGCGAUGAGAUUCACUACCGACGACGUAGAUCAAUCUUCACCGACAGGGAAGGCAGGAAACGCAACAUCCUGGACAUGGAUCUCUUCCCAAUGAGCUUGGAGGAGUCUGAGAGUGUCUCAAAUGUAAAUAGAAUUGAAAAUUUGAGAUCAUCUUUCGAUGAAAUGUUAAAUUUUUUGCCACGAACCCUGAAGAAAACUCCUUCAGACACUAAUCCGCAUUUGCAAUCAAUCCAGAGUGAAAGUAAGGACAUGAAGAAGCAAUGCAAAAUCCUCUCGGUGGCAAUGGAGAAUGAAUGUCUUCAUGAUACAAUUGAUGAUAUUCGUUCGCUGGCUAAGAGAGCUGUAAAGUACAUUACGUGGAAGAAGUUCUAUCAGAUUAUGGAUCGAUUGGUACCAUGGCUACCAACGAAGCUUGCCUUGAAGAAGCAUCGCUUGAGACGGUCCCCAAGUAGCUCUCCUUGGAGCCUCGAAGAGGAGGAUCUUCCCAUUGCUAUUAAGGAUCUCGAGGAUGCUCUCAAAACUAAUAAGAUUAUUCCAAUGUUACCCAAUGUACGUGCAAAGGAGACUAAGGCAUCAGUAGACGGGCCUGAUCCCAUUGAAGCUGUGAAGGUGGAGGAGACUACAAUGGCAGAGGAGCACAUGGGGGAGCUUCAUCAAUCCCUAAAUCAUUUUAUCAAUAUGAUGAAUUCCCACAUAAUGAGCUGGUGGAAUUUAUUUGCUUAAAUUAGAUAUUUUUAAGAUAAAAAUUUAUAAUUUAUUGCAUUUUAUAAAAUUAGAAUAAUUAGAAAAUAAAAUUUAUUC